UCUAAAAGAACCCGCCCCCUGUUCAGUUUCUCGUUGCCCAUUGGUCCUCAACCCCGCUCUUCGAAUAAACCCGGAAGACAACAAAUACUUCGGAGCUUCUUUGAGUCGAUGGCGUCCCCAAGCAGUCAGUCUCUGCUGGGCUUCAGGCGGCUUUCCGUCUACCUGGUGGACUGUCUGAAGACUCCGGCAGACCUGAGACCUCAAAACAGCCCUUCAGACUUUGUGGUGACAUCAGAGCAACAUGAUGCUGCGGAUGAGGAGGAAGCGGAGUCCGCAGGUGGAGAUGAAAACAAGACAGAGAAGAACCAGCAGGAAGGUGAAACCAAAACCCGGAAUCACCACUGUGAGCAAUGUGGGAAAUCCUUCGUGAGGAGGAGCAACGUCAUCAGACACCAGCGGCAUCACUGCAGCCGGAGCCAACAGGAGUCUGGAUCAGAACCGACAGAGCCGAAGACUCGUUCAUGCAACAAGUGUAGCCGGACGUUCCGGACGAAACACCGCUUAAGACUGCAUGUCUGCAUCCAUAUGGAGAACAGGGAGAAUCAGGAGGGAACCGAAAAAUCAGAAGAGGCUCCACGAGAGAGAAGUCAUGCCUGCGAGCACUGCGAUAAAAAAUUCUACUUGUUGCACACCCUCCGACAGCACCUCCUCACCCAUACGGGGGAGAGAGCGUACAGCUGCGAGGUGUGUGGGAGGCAGUUUGGGAGACCUGGCAGUCUGAAGGAGCACCAGCUGAUCCACACUGGGGAGAAACCAUAUAAAUGUGACCACUGUGGCAAAACCUGUGCUAGGAGGGGAGACCUGAAGACACACAUGCUGAGUCACUCUAAAGAGAGACCACACAGCUGCAGCCACUGUGAGAAAAGCUUCAAGCACCAAGCCAAACUCAAGCAGCACGAGCGUGUCCACACGGGGGAGAAACCGUAUCAGUGCAAGUUCUGUCCGAAGACGUUUAGAGUCCAGAUGUCUCUGGUGACACACCAGUACACCCACUCAGGAGAGAAACCCUUCAAAUGCUCCCAGUGCCCCAAGGCCUUCAGCAUGAGGACCAACUUAAAGAAGCACCAGAUGAUACACACCGGAGAGAAACCAUACAGCUGCUCACACUGCGGCAAGAGCUUCCGACUCGUGCAGCACCGUGCCAUCCACGAGAGCAUCCACACGGGGGAGAAACCAUACAAGUGCAACAAGUGUGAGAAAGGCUACUCGCAUCCAUCGGGGCUGAAGGCGCACCAGUCUGCUCAUGAGGAGAAACCGCCGCACUGCUCCCUGUGUGGGCAGAAGUUUGAUGAGCUCGCCAAGCUGACCGAUCAUGAGUGCCGAGAGACGGCGGAGAAACCGCAUCGCUGCUCCCAGUGCGGCAAGUGCUUUACCCAGAUUGCAACUUUGAAGAGGCACCAGCUGAUCCACACUGGAGAGAAACCCUACGUCUGUAAGGAGUGCGGGAAGCAGUUCAACGACAUGAGUAACCUCACAAAGCACCUGCGCAUCCACACCGGAGAGAAGCCGUUUGAGUGUGAACUCUGUAAGAGAGGCUUCAGGCUGCUGCAGCACCUCACGUACCACCGGCUCACACACAACAAGAAGGAUUAGAAACUCUGGUUCUGGUUCUGAGACUUUUUAUGUGGAAGUGGAAGUGGAGCUGGUUACAAGGAGGCCUCCUCUGUCAUCAUGUUAUGUUAACUAUUUCAGUUAUAUUGAACGAGAUGAAAAGUAAUUCGUUCACACAGUUCAUCUCCUCCAUCUCAUCUUGUGACAUGCAAGUGCCUUUAAUUCACGUAUUAUUGCCGUUUACUAAUGAAGUUUAUGUAAUGUUACCUUAUUUGGAGAGUCCAUUAAAGUUGACUUACGAUGUUCAAUC